GAGCGGGCCCGGCACCGUCCCCGUCCUCUCCGGCAGCCCCGGCCCAGCCCGGCCCCUUCCAGCCGCGGCCGCGUCGUUCCGGGGAACGCUUUGUGCGGCGGACCCAUGGCGGCCGGGCGGGCUGGGGUGGAUCUCCGUUCUCUGCUGUGGUAGCUGAGAGGAGCAGCUCAUCAUGCCGACGGUGGUGGUGAUGGACGUGUCGCUCUCCAUGACUCGGCCGGUGUCGGUGGAGGGCUCCGAGGAGUACCAGCGGAAGCACCUGGCGGUCCACGGCCUGACCAUGCUCUUCGAGCACAUGGCGACCAACUACAAGCUGGAGUUCACGGCCUUGGUGGUGUUUUCGUCGCUCUGGGAGCUGAUGGUGCCAUUUACAAGAGAUUACAACACACUGCAGGAAGCCCUAAGUAACAUGGAUGAUUAUGACAAAACCUGUUUAGAGUCAGCACUGCUUGGGGUUUGCAAUAUUGUUCAACAAGAAUGGGGUGCAGCGAUUCCUUGCCAGGUUGUUCUCGUCACUGAUGGCUGCUUGGGGAUCGGCAGAGGCUCUCUGCGACACUCACUAGCUACUCACAACCAGAGGAGUGAAAGCAACCGAUUUCCACUGCCUUUCCCAUUCCCGUCCAAGUUGUAUGUCAUGUGCAUGGCAAAUCUUGAAGAGCUUCAGAGCACGGAUUCCUUGGACUGCCUGGAACGGCUCAUAGAUUUAAACAAUGGGGAAGGGCAAAUUUUUACCAUUGAUGGACCACUUUGCCUGAAGAAUGUCCAGUCUAUGUUUGGAAAGCUAAUAGACCUGGCUUAUACACCAUUCCAUGCUGUUCUCAAGUGUGGCCACUUAACAUCUGAUGUGCAAGUAUUUCCCAGACCAGAACCUUUCAUUAUAGAUGAGGAAAUAGACCCCAUUCCUAAAGCAAUUAAUACAGAUCUAGAAAUUGUUGGUUUUGUAGAUAUAGCUGACAUUUCUAGCCCUCCUGUCUUAUCCAGACACUUGGUGCUACCUAUUGCACUUAACAGAGAAGGUGAUGAGGUGGGACCUGGGAUCACAGACGACACCGAAGAUGAGAAUUCAGCUAAUCAGAUUGCUGGGAAAAUCCCCAACUUCUGUGUUUUGUUACAUGGGAGCCUGAAAGUGGAAGGCAUGGUGGCUGUCGUCCAGUUGGGGCCAGAGUGGUAUGGAAUGCUCUAUUCACAAGCUGAUAGCAAGAAGAAAUCAAACCUCAUGAUGUCACUCUUUGAACCUGGUCCCGAGCCCCUUCCGUGGCUUGGGAAGAUGGCACAGCUUGGACCUAUUUCAGAUGCAAAAGAAAAUCCAUAUGGAGAUGAUGACAAUAAGAGCCCUUUUCCCUUGCAACCCAAGAACAAGCGCAGUUAUGCACAGAAUGUUACUGUAUGGAUUAAACCGAGUGGCCUCCAGACUGAUGUACAGAAGAUCUUGAGAAAUGCAAGGAAACUCCCUGAAAAAACUCAAACCUUCUAUAAGGAACUUAACCGUUUACGAAAGGCAGCUCUGGCCUUUGGCUUUUUGGACCUCUUGAAAGGUGUGGCAGACAUGCUGGAGCGGGAGUGCACCCUGCUUCCUGACACAGCUCAUCCUGAUGCAGCGUUUCAGCUCACGCAUGCUGCUCAGCAGCUUAAAGUGGCAAGUACUGGGGCUUCCGAAUACGCUGCCUAUGAUCACAACAUUGCUCCACUGCAGACAGACUUUCCCAGUACUGGCACUGAAAGAAUGUGAAGUCGCCAGUUUGGGAACUUCUACAGAUUAAGACUCAAAGUGUUCAAAUUUU